GCAGAGCAGCUCCUGUUGCGGCUUGGGUAGCAGCGAGUUCGAGCUGCCUUCCCACUUGCCUCGGUUCCCCCUCCCCGGGUCCUUGGGGCUUUUUAGAUCAGCCCCUGCAGCUCGUUGCCUCGGUGCAAUCUUUCCGCCUCCAGGAUGCCAGUGACCGAGAAGGAUCUGGCGGAGGACGCGCCAUGGAAAAAGAUUCAGCAGAACACGUUCACGCGCUGGUGCAACGAGCACCUUAAGUGCGUCAACAAACGCAUCGGGAACCUGCAGACUGACCUUAGCGACGGGUUACGGCUUAUCGCGCUGCUCGAGGUGCUCAGCCAGAAGCGCAUGCACCACAAGUACCACCAGCGGCCCACCUUCCGACAGAUGAAGCUGGAGAACGUGUCGGUGGCGCUGGAGUUCCUGGACCACGAGAGCAUCAAGCUCGUGUCCAUCGACAGUAAAGCCAUUGUAGAUGGAAACCUAAAGCUCAUCUUGGGCCUGGUAUGGACUUUGAUCCUUCACUACUCCAUCUCCAUGCCUGUAUGGGAAGAUGAAGGGGAUGAUGAUGCCAAGAAGCAGACACCAAAACAGAGGCUGCUGGGAUGGAUUCAGAACAAGAUCCCAUACUUGCCCAUCACCAACUUUAAUCAGAACUGGCAAGAUGGCAAAGCCCUAGGAGCCCUGGUGGAUAGCUGUGCUCCAGGUCUGUGCCCAGACUGGGAAUCCUGGGACCCACAAAAGCCAGUGGAUAAUGCCCGAGAAGCCAUGCAGCAGGCCGACGACUGGCUGGGCGUCCCACAGGUCAUCACUCCUGAGGAGAUUAUUCACCCAGAUGUGGAUGAACACUCCGUGAUGACUUACCUAUCUCAGUUCCCCAAAGCCAAGCUCAAGCCAGGAGCUCCUCUUAAACCCAAACUCAACCCAAAGAAAGCCCGGGCCUAUGGGAGAGGAAUCGAACCCACGGGAAACAUGGUGAAGCAGCCAGCCAAGUUCACUGUAGAUACCAUCAGUGCUGGGCAAGGAGAUGUGAUGGUGUUUGUUGAGGACCCAGAAGGAAACAAAGAAGAGGCACAUGUGACCCCCGACAGUGACAAGAACAAGACAUAUUCUGUGGAGUAUCUGCCCAAGGUCACUGGGCUGCACAAAGUCAUAGUCCUCUUUGCAGGACAGCACAUCUCUAAGAGCCCAUUUGAAGUGAACAUUGACAAAGCCCAAGGAGACGCCAGCAAGGUCACUGCAAAAGGCCCAGGGCUGGAAGCCACAGGGAACAUUGCUAAUAAACCCACCUAUUUUGACAUCUACACAGCUGGAGCUGGUGUAGGUGACAUUGGUGUUGAGGUGGAGGAUCCUCAGGGCAAGAACACUGUGGAACUGCUGGUGGAAGACCGAGGAAAUCAGGUGUAUAGAUGUGUUUACAAGCCAAUACAACCUGGCUCCCAUGUGGUCAAGGUCUCCUUUGCUGGAGAUGCCAUUCCCAAGAGUCCCUUUGGUGUGCAGGUUGGGGAAGCCUGCAAUCCAAAUGCUUGCCGGGCCAGUGGCCGAGGCCUGCAGCCCAAAGGUGUCCGGAUCCGGGAGACUGCAGACUUUAAGGUGGACACCAAAGCUGCUGGAAGCGGGGAGCUUGGUGUAACUGUGAAGGGCCCUAAGGGCCUGGAGGAGCUUGUAAAGCAGAAGGGCUUUCUGGAUGGGGUCUACUCAUUUGAGUACUACCCCAGCACACCAGGGAAAUACAGCAUUGCAGUUACUUGGGGGGGACACCACAUUCCAAAGAGCCCCUUUGAAGUUCAAGUUGGCCCUGAAGCAGGCAUGCAGAAAGUCCGUGCAUGGGGCCCUGGUCUCUAUGGUGGCAUUGUUGGUCGGUCAGCAGACUUUGUGGUGGAGUCCAUUGGCUCUGAGGUUGGGACUCUGGGGUUUGCAAUUGAAGGCCCUUCCCAAGCAAAGAUAGAAUAUGAUGAUCAGAAUGAUGGAUCAUGUGAUGUAAAAUAUUGGCCCAAGGAGCCUGGUGAAUAUGCUGUUCACAUCAUGUGUGAUGAUGAAGACAUCAAGGACAGCCCAUACAUGGCGUUCAUCCACCCUGCUACUGGAGACUACAACCCAGAUCUAGUCCAAGCAUAUGGGCCUGGUUUAGAGAAAUCUGGUUGCAUUGUCAAUAACCCAGCCGAGUUCAUUGUGGAUCCUAAGGAUGCUGGAAAAGCUCCCUUAAAGAUACUGGCUCAGGACGGGGAAGGCCAGCCCAUUGACAUCCAGAUGAAGAGUCGGAUGGAUGGCACAUAUGCCUGCUCCUAUACCCCAGUUAAAGCCAUCAAGCACACCAUAGCUGUGGUCUGGGGAGGUGUGAACAUACCACACAGCCCCUACAGGGUCAACAUUGGGCAAGGUAGCCAUCCCCAGAAGGUCAAGGUGUUUGGACCUGGUGUGGAGAGAAGUGGUCUGAAGGCAAAUGAGCCUACUCACUUCACAGUGGAUUGUACAGAGGCUGGGGAAGGUGAUGUCAGUGUUGGCAUUAAGUGUGAUGCCCGAGUGUUAAGUGAAGAUGAGGAAGAUGUGGAUUUUGACAUUAUUCACAAUGCCAAUGAUACUUUUACAGUCAAAUACGUGCCUCCUGCUGCUGGGAGAUACACUAUCAAGGUUCUCUUUGCAUCUCAGGAAAUCCCUGCCAGCCCUUUCAGAGUCAAAGUUGACCCUUCCCACGACGCCAGCAAAGUGAAGGCAGAAGGCCCAGGGUUGAGUAAAGCAGGUGUGGAAAAUGGGAAGCCAACUCACUUCACUGUUUAUACCAAGGGGGCUGGAAAAGCCCCGCUCAAUGUGCAGUUCAACAGCCUCCUUCCUACUGAUGCAGUGAAGGACUUGGAUAUCAUCGAUAAUUACGACUACUCACAUACUGUUAAAUAUACCCCAACCCAGCAGGGCAACAUGCAGGUUUUUGUGACAUAUGGUGGUGAUCCCAUUCCUAAAAGUCCUUUCACCGUGGGCGUUGCUGCUCCACUGGAUCUGAGCAAGAUAAAAAUCAGUGGACUAGAAAACAGAGUUGAGGUUGGAAAGGAUCAGGAAUUUGCCAUUGACACCAAGGGAGCAGGAGGCCAGGGAAAGCUGGAUGUAACAAUCCUGAGCCCUUCUCGGAAGGUUGUGCCAUGCCUGGUAGCACCCGUGGCUGGCAAGGAGAGCAACAGAGCCAAAUUCAUCCCUCGGGAAGAGGGGCUCUUUGCUGUAGACAUCACCUAUGAUGGACACCCAGUGCCUGGGAGCCCCUAUACUGUGGAGGCCUCACUACCACCAGAUCCCACCAAGGUGAAGGCCCAUGGUCCUGGCCUUGAAGGAGGUCUUGUAGGCAAGCCUGCUGAGUUCACCAUUGACACCAAAGGAGCUGGAACUGGAGGUUUGGGUCUAACUGUGGAAGGCCCAUGUGAGGCCAAAAUCGAAUGCUCUGACAAUGGUGAUGGGACCUGCUCUGUCUCUUACCUCCCUACAAAACCUGGAGAAUACUUUGUCAACAUUCUCUUUGAAGAAAUCCACAUUCCUGGGUCUCCCUUCAAAGCCGACAUUGAAAUGCCAUUUGACCCCUCUAAGGUUGUGGCAUCAGGACCAGGUCUUGAACAUGGGAAAGCAGGUGAAGCUGGACUCCUUAGUGUUGAUUGUUCAGAAGCAGGGCCCGGGACUCUGGGCCUUGAAGCUAUCUCAGACUCGGGGACAAAAGCUGAGGUUUCUAUCCAGAACAACAAAGAUGGUACCUACGCAGUGACCUAUGUGCCUCUGACAGCUGGCAUGUACACACUGACCAUGAAGUAUGGUGGUGAGCUUGUACCACAUUUUCCCACCCGGGUCAAGGUAGAGCCUGCCAUAGACACUAGUGGGAUCAAAGCCUUUGGACCAGGAAUAGAAGGAAAAGAUGUGUUUCGGGAGGCCACAACAGACUUCACAGUUGACUCUAGGUCCCUGACCCAAGUUGGAGGUGACCACAUCAAAGCUCACAUUGCCAACCCCUCAGGGGCCUCCACUGAGUGCUUCGUCAAGGACAAUGCUGAUGGGACCUACCAAGUAGAGUACACACCAUUUGAGAAAGGUUUCCAUGUAGUAGAGGUGACAUAUGAUGAUUUGCAAAUCCCGAACAGUCCCUUCAAAGUGGCUGUAACUGAAGGCUGCCAGCCAUCCCGGGUCCACGCCCAAGGUCCUGGAUUGAAAGAAGCCUUUACCAACAAAUCUAACGUCUUCACAGUGGUAACCAGGGGGGCAGGCAUUGGUGGGCUCGGUAUAACUGUCGAGGGGCCAUCGGAGUCGAAGAUAAACUGCAGAGACAACAAGGAUGGCAGCUGCAGCGCUGACUACGUUCCUUUUGCUCCAGGGGAUUAUGAUGUUAACAUCACAUAUGGAGGUGUUCACAUCCCUGGCAGCCCCUUCAGAGUUCCUGCAAAAGAUGUUGUGGAUCCCAGCAAGGUCAAAGUUGCUGGCCCUGGUCUGGGCUCUGGUGUCCGGGCUCGAAUCCUGCAGUCCUUCACAGUGGACAGUAGCAAGGCUGGCCUAGCUCCCCUGGAAGUGAGGGUCCUGGGCCCAAGAGGCCUCGUGGAGCCAGUGAAUGUGGUGGAUGAUGGGGAUGGCACACACACAGUGACCUACACCCCAUCUCAGGAGGGACCCUACAUUGUUUCUGUCAAAUAUGCUGAUGAAGAGAUCCCUCGAAGUCCCUUUAAGGUCAAAGUCCUUCCCACAUAUGAUGCCAGCAAAGUGACUGCCUCUGGACCUGGCCUCAGUUCCUAUGGGGUGCCUGCCAGCCUACCUGUGGAGUUUGCAAUUGAUGCCAGAGAUGCUGGUGAAGGCCUGCUUGCUGUCCAGAUCACGGACCAAGAAGGGAAGCCUCAAAGAGCCACUGUCCAUGACAGUAAAGAUGGCACAUAUGCUGUAACCUAUAUCCCUGAUAAGACUGGACGCUAUAUGAUUGGGGUCACCUAUGGUGGAGACAACAUUCCACUUUCUCCUUACCGUAUUCGGGUCACGCAAACAGGCGAUGCCAGCAAGUGUCUGGCCACAGGUCCUGGAAUUGCCCCCAUUGUGAAAACUGGUGAAGAAGUGGGCUUUGUAGUGGAUGCCAAGACUGCUGGGAAGGGGAAAGUGACCUGCACAAUUCUGACCCCAGAUGGCACUGAGGCUGAGGCUGAUGUCAUAGAAAAUGAAGAUGGGACCUAUGACAUUUUCUACACUGCUGCCAAGCCAGGCACCUAUGUGAUCUAUGUGCGCUUUGGUGGCGUUGAUAUUCCCAAUAGCCCCUUCACAGUCAUGGCCACCGAAGGGGAAGUUACAGCCAUGGAGGAGGCACCGGUAAAUGCAUGUCCCCCUGGAUUCAGGCCCUGGGUGACCGAAGAGGCCUAUGUCCCAGUGAGUGACAUGAACGGCCUAGGCUUUAAGCCCUUUGACUUGGUGAUUCCAUUUGCUGUCAGGAAAGGAGAAAUCACAGGAGAGGUGCAUAUGCCUUCUGGAAAGAAAGCUACACCUGAGAUCGUGGACAACAAAGAUGGCACGGUCACUGUCAGAUAUGCCCCCACUGAAGUCGGACUCCACGAGAUGCACAUCAAGUACAUGGGCAGCCACAUCCCUGAGAGCCCUCUCCAGUUCUAUGUGAACUACCCCAACAGUGGGAGUGUGUCUGCAUAUGGUCCAGGCCUUGUGUAUGGAGUAGCCAACAAAACUGCCACAUUCACCAUCGUCACGGAGGAUGCAGGAGAAGGUGGUCUGGAUUUGGCCAUUGAAGGACCCUCAAAAGCAGAGAUCAGCUGCAUUGACAACAAAGACGGAACAUGUACAGUGACCUACUUGCCCACCCUGCCAGGCGACUACAGUAUCCUGGUCAAGUACAAUGACAAGCACAUCCCUGGCAGCCCCUUCACUGCCAAGAUCACAGAUGAUAGCAGACGCUGCUCACAAGUGAAGCUAGGAUCAGCUGCCGACUUCCUUCUGGACAUCAGUGAGACUGACCUCAGCACACUGACAGCCAGUAUUAAGGCCCCAUCUGGACGUGACGAGCCCUGUCUACUGAAGAGGCUGCCUAACAACCACAUUGGUAUUUCUUUCAUCCCACGAGAGGUUGGUGAACAUCUAGUCAGCAUCAAGAAGAAUGGCAACCACGUGGCCAACAGCCCUGUAUCCAUUAUGGUGGUCCAGUCUGAAAUUGGUGAUGCACGCCGUGCCAAAGUCUAUGGCCGAGGCCUGUCAGAAGGCCGAACUUUUGAGAUGUCUGACUUCAUUGUGGACACAAGAGAUGCAGGUUAUGGUGGCAUAUCCUUGGCAGUAGAAGGACCCAGCAAAGUGGACAUCCAGACAGAGGACCUGGAGGAUGGUACCUGCAAGGUGUCCUACUUCCCCACUGUGCCUGGGGUCUAUAUCGUCUCCACCAAAUUUGCUGAUGAACAUGUGCCUGGAAGUCCAUUCACUGUGAAGAUCAGUGGUGAGGGAAGAGUCAAAGAGAGCAUCACUCGGACCAGCCGGGCUCCAUCUGUGGCCACAGUUGGCAGUAUCUGUGACCUGAACCUAAAGAUCCCGGAAAUCAACAGCAGUGACAUGUCUGCCCACGUCACCAGCCCCUCUGGCCAUGUCACCGAGGCGGAGAUUGUGCCUGUGGGGAAGAACUCCCACUGUGUCCGAUUUGUGCCCCAGGAGAUGGGCGUUCACACAGUCAGUGUGAAGUACCAUGGACAACAUGUAACAGGAAGCCCCUUCCAGUUCACCGUGGGGCCCCUUGGUGAAGGGGGUGCCCACAAGGUUCGAGCAGGAGGCCCUGGCCUGGAGAGGGGAGAAGCAGGCAUCCCAGCCGAGUUCAGCAUCUGGACCCGGGAAGCAGGUGCUGGAGGCCUUUCCAUUGCUGUGGAGGGCCCUAGCAAGGCCGAGAUUACAUUUGAUGACCAUAAAAAUGGGUCAUGUGGUGUGUCUUAUAUUGCCCAAGAACCUGGUAACUACGAGGUAUCUAUCAAGUUCAACGAUGAGCACAUCCCCGACAGCCCCUACCUGGUACCCAUCAUCGCACCCUCAGACGACGCUCGCUGCCUCACUGUUAUGAGCCUUCAGGAAUCAGGAUUAAAAGUUAACCAGCCAGCGUCCUUUGCUAUAAGGUUGAAUGGUGCAAAAGGAAAGAUUGAUGCAAAGGUGCAUAGUCCCUCAGGAGCGGUGGAAGAAUGCCACGUGUCUGAACUAGAGCCAGAUAAGUAUGCUGUUCGCUUCAUCCCGCAUGAGAACGGCAUCCACACAAUCGAUGUUAAGUUCAAUGGGAGCCACGUGGUUGGGAGCCCUUUCAAAGUGCGUGUUGGAGAGCCUGGCCAAGCAGGGAAUCCUGCUCUAGUGUCAGCCUAUGGUGCUGGGCUCGAAGGGGGCACCACAGGUAUCCAGUCAGAAUUCUUCAUCAACACCACUCAGGCAGGCCCAGGGACAUUAUCUGUCACCAUUGAAGGACCAUCCAAGGUCAAAAUGGAUUGUCAGGAAACCCCAGAAGGGUACAAAGUCAUGUACACUCCCAUGGCCCCUGGAAACUACCUGAUUGGUGUCAAAUAUGGUGGGCCCAACCACAUCGUGCGCAGUCCAUUCAAGGCCAAGGUGACAGGCCAGCGUCUUGUCAGCCCAGGCUCAACCAACGAGACCUCAUCCAUCUUGGUGGAGUCAGUGACCAGGUCCUCAACGGAAACCUGCUAUAGCGCCGUCCCCAAGUCAUCCUCAGACGCCAGCAAGGUGACCUCCAAGGGGGCAGGGCUCUCAAAGGCUUUUGUGGGCCAGAAGAGUUCUUUCCUGGUGGACUGCAGCAAAGCUGGGUCCAACAUGCUGUUGAUCGGGGUCCAUGGGCCCACCACCCCCUGUGAAGAGGUCUCCAUGAAGCAUGUGGGCAACCAACAGUACAAUGUCACAUACGUCGUCAAGGAGAGGGGAGAUUACGUCCUGGCUGUGAAGUGGGGGGAAGAACACAUCCCUGGUAGCCCCUUUCAGGUCACUGUGCCUUAAAACAACUUGCAUCCAAUCCUGGAGAAGUCCUUCCAGUU